AUGGAUAAUAUUUUAGAAUAUGAUUCAUCAUCUGAAGAAAUUCUGGAAGAUAGCAACAACAACAAUGAUGAUAAUGAUAAUGGAAAUCCUUUAUCAAAUGCGCUUGUAAAAAGGAAAUUUUCUGAUGAAAAUCUUAAUCAAACAAUAAAAAAAAAGAAAAUUUCAUCAUUACCACCCCUUCCUACUGAAUUUUUACAAUUAUAUUCAGAUAAUAAAGUACACAUUGAUAAUCCAGACGAACAUCAAGGUCGUGUAAGAACAAAACUACAUGUUGAGGGAAAUUGGGCUACACACGUUUACAUGGAAGUGAUUAUACCAGAAGACUUUGAGGAUCUUUUAAAAAAUAUUAAAAUUCAAUCAGAAAGUUUUCUAAAUAAUAAUGAAAAAGAAAUCAAGGUUUUCUCAUGUCUUGAAGAAGAAGAGAUACAAGCAAUCUAUUAA